AUGAGCCGUGGAAAGAAAGCCAACGAGCUGGGACGUGUGAGCAGAAGGACUGAUGAUAUAGAUAACACCGAGAGGUGGUACUGGCAAGAGAAAAAAGUACCAGAAUAUGUGAAAUUUAUGAAACAAAAUUACCCUCCUGACUUCAAAUAUGAAGAUUUUGGACCACAAUUUACAGCACGAUUUUUUAAUGCCAGCCAGUGGGCGGAUCUUCUUCAGGCUUCUGGUGCAAAAUACAUGGUCUUAACUACUAAACAUCAUGAAGGCUUCACCUUGUGGGGUUCAAAGUACUCAUGGAACUGGAAUGCUGUAGAUGAAGGGCCAAAAAGGGACCUCGUCAAGGAACUUGAGGUAGCCAUUAAGAACAGAACCGACUUGCAUUUUGGACUGUACUACUCCCUUUUUGAGUGGUUUAACCCACUCUUCCUUGAGGACAAACUCAGUUCAUUCCAUAAGCAGCAAUUUCCAGUGUCUAAGAUGUUGCCUGAGCUCUACUGGUUAGUGAACAACUAUCAGCCUGAGGUGCUCUGGGCAGAUGGUGAUGGAGGGGCACCAGACUCCUACUGGAACAGCACCGGCUUCUUAGCCUGGCUGUACAAUGAAAGCCCAGUUCGGGACACGGUAGUCACCAAUGAUCGCUGGGCAGCUGGGAGCAUCUGUAAGCAUGGUGGCUACUAUACAUGUAAUGAUCGCUAUAACCCAGGACAUACUUUGCCACAUAAAUGGGAAAACUGUAUGACAAUAGACAAGGUUUCCUGGGGCUAUCGGAGGAAUGCUGGAAUCUGUGACUAUUUUACAAUCGAAGAAUUGGUGAAGCAACUUGUAGAAACAGUUUCAUGUGGAGGCAAUCUUUUGAUGAAUAUUGGUCCCACACAAGAUGGCACGAUUUCUCCAAUUUUUGAGGAGCGAUUAAGGCAAAUGGGGACCUGGCUAAGUGUCAAUGGAGAAGCCAUUUAUGGAACCCACACUUGGAGAUCCUCGAAUGACACUAUCACCUCAGAUGUGUGGUACACAUCUAAACCUACAGAAAACUUGGUCUAUGCCCUUUUUCUUAAAUGGCCCACAUCAGGAUUGCUAUUUCUUGGCCAACCCAAAGCAACUUGGGGUUCAACAAAGGUAAAACUACUGGGACAUGGACAGCCACUUAACUGGACUUCCUUGGAACAAACUGGCAUUGUGGUAAAACUACCACAGCUCACCACUAGUCAGCUUCCCUGUAAAUGGGGCUGGGCGCUAGCACUAACUCAUGUGAUCUAA